UCCCCCACCUCAUUUCGUUCAUCUCUCUUGACGAAUUUCCUGGAAAAAAUAGUUCCUAUUUGAUUGCUAAAAGGAAACGGUAUUCACGAUGUCUUCAGGAAAACCAACAAUCCGAAUUGGCUAUGUCCCAGAACACUAUCUCACGCCUCUCCACCUAGUUUUACGCUCCGCUGCCUCAUCCCUGCCUUUCCAGAUCUCAUUGACCCCCUUCCCAUCUGGAACGGGCCACAUGAUCACCUCCCUCCGCGAGAAGGAAAUUGAUAUUGGAAUUGGGUUAACAGAGGGUUGGGUCGCAGGUCUAACUAGCAAGCAGCAGACGAGCGGUGGGAAGCAAGCUGGCGGAUACAAGCUUGUUGGACGCUGGGUUGAGACGCCACUGCGAUGGGCAAUCGUAACGGGGCGGAACCGGGAUGAUAUCACCAAGGUGGAGGAUCUCAAGGAUAAGCGGGUUGGAAUCAGUCGGCUUGGGAGUGGCUCCCAUAUCAUGUCCUUUGUUCUCGCCCAACAGCAAUCAUGGCAGCCGGACUCCCUUCAUCCUGUUCCUCUGGGCCCAUUCCAGGCCCUCCGCAACGGCGUAACAGGCUAUAACGAGGCUCACCCAGAACAAGAACCGAAACCCCAAGCAGAAUUCUUCAUGUGGGAGCACUUCACCACGAAGCCUUACUUUGCACCAACACCUGAGCAGAGGUCUCCCCCACUCAAAAAGAUCGGGGAGAUCUUCACACCCUGGCCGUCGUGGAUGAUUGUCGCGUCUACUUCAACUUUUCCAGAUCCCAAAAAGGAUGAGACGCUACAACAGCUCUUCCAGGCGCUGGACCAGGGGAUCAGGGAAUUCGAAGCCGACACUGCCCAGGUCGUGAAGCUCUUGGGAACGGGCGAACUUGGGUGCACGUAUGUCGAAGAUGACGCGAAGGAAUGGCUGAAAAGUGUGAAAUUCGUUAAGGCCACACGGGGUGCAGACCCGAAGGAAAUCGAGGGUGUUGUUAAUGUUCUCAAGGUCGCAGGGGUUAUCGAUACGGCGAUGGGUAAUGAUGAGGCUCUUCAGAGAGUGGUGGGAAUCUACAAUUAGGUCGUUCUAUCGUCCGGAAUUCCGCAAGGGCCUCGUCUGGGGAGGGAAUUGUAUGAUCAUGUAACAAGUUCCGGGGACACAGGGAGUCUUCUUAUUUAGCAUUGAUAUGGCAAAAACAUGCAUAGUCCGAGACUGAAAGAUGAUUUUUGGUUGCCUGUUUCUGUUUGGCUGAUAGAGCGUCAUCCGGCUGUAUUAGCGUUAUACCUUAAAAAGCGAUCCACUAAAUACUACUAUGAGAGACAAGCAAGAAUAAAUGUGAGUAUCGUGG